UUCAAAGCGCGGCGCCAGGCCACAGAUGUGUGCAGGUCUUGACAAGAGAGAACCUCUGUCUGCUCCGUCUGCACCUCAGUCCACCUCUGCUCAGGACAGCCUUGUGGAUUACUCAUUGCUUCAGAAUAUAAGAGCUUCCCAAUUUCUACCAGAGGACCCAUGUGGGUGGUGGAGAAGAUCCGUGUGUCAGUGGAGAGAUCUAACCUGCCCAUGCCGUCAGCAGAACUCAGCUUUAAAAUCAGCGACAUCAUGUUCGGAGAAAAGGGUGACAAACUCAAAAGGAUUUCCCUCUGUCCCAACGUCAUCACCCCUGACAACAUCCCCGAGUUCUGCAUCCCGCCCACGAUCCCGUCCCUGCAGGAGAUGAGGAAUACGGAGCAGAGCCGGGCUGCUCGCAUCAAGGUGUCUCCCUGUGAGAGGGCUUGCCCUGAGAUAGAGAUAACGCGCCACGAGCCCGUCCGCCCACACAUUAUCCAGGUGGAGAGCGUGGACGAGAACCCCUGCGAUGGCUGCAGCGAUGAGGAGACUACCAAUGCAGAUCCCCAGAGCCAGGCCGCCCUGUCCCUUCCACACCUGGCCAAAGCUCAGACAUGCUACGGCUUCUGCACCUUACUGGAGAGCCCCCACACGAGGAGGAAGGAGUCGCUCUUCCACUCUGAUCCCGGCUCCUCUCCCCUGCUGCUGCCCAAGAGUCGAUCCAGCGUGUGCUCCAAAUUCUCCCCCUCCACCUCGCCCUCCUCUUCACCUUCCUCCUUCAGCCUCAACUCCCUGACCUCCAGGCUUUCCCCGAGAGGGUACACCCUGAACUGGCAGACCACUCUGGACAGCGAUACGACUUCCUCCACCGAAUCCUCUCCUUUCAGCUCGCCGCUGCUGACCAGGUGCCCUGCCAAGUCUUCCCUGUUCAAAGCGCUGAGCCAUGAACUGCUGUUGUCAAGGAACAUGAGGAAGGCGAUGGUGUCCAGGAACAAUUCCCUGUCCACGGAUGAAGGCAGCUCCACAGACAAUAGCCCCAAUGUCAUGAGGAGGGCAUCAGAGGGGUUGGUUGAAGGCCUGCCCAGCAGCUACAGCCUGGCACCGCCAAACAUCUUCCCCAUGGACUUGACUCUGCACAGAGAGAGGGUAAUGAAGGAAAGAAUAGUACCCAUAGGGAAAGACGGCAGCCUGAGACUCUCAGCAGAGUACUGCUCAGAUAACCAAAGACUACGGGUUCGACUGAUCAGCGCUGAGGGCCUCUAUCCUCUCUCUGUAGACCCAAAGAUUAUCAACUGCAGCGUUAGCCUCUCUCUGGUUCCCGGAAAAGUGCAGAAGCAGCGCAGCACAGUCAUCAGAAAGAGCCGUAAUCCAAUCUUCAAUGAGGAUUUCUUCUUUGAUAGUAUCUCAGAGGAAGACCUCAGCCAGCGGUCCCUCCGCUUCAAAGUGGUGAACAAAAUGUCCACCCUGAAAAGAGAUUAUCUCCUGGGUGACUGCGAUUUGCCUCUUUCCAGCAUUGUGACAUUAUGAACCUGAGCACUUCCUUCACUGUUUAUUUAUGUAUUUGAAUAUUUAUUUGAUUUUGUUAUG